AUGUGGAUUGUGAAUGAUUUUGCAUUCUAUUAUAAUUUUGUAACCUUCUCUCACCUGAUCGUUUCAAUCUCCUGUGAACUACUGCAGUCAAUUCCUGAACAAGAUGACCCCCUUCAUGAGCUGGCACAUGCUCGAAAAUCUACUGCUGAUUUGAGGUCUGGUGCAGAAACUGAUGUGGCACAGUGGAACGUUUUGCAAUUCAAUACAGGCUCGACUACCCCGUUUAUCAUCAAGUGUGGAGCAAACUCAAACUCAGAACUGGUGAUUAAGGCUGAUGCCCGUGUUCAGGAACCUAAAGGUGGUGAAAUCAUGAGGGUCGUUCCAAGACCAUCAGUUUUGGAAAAUAUGAGCAUGGAUGAAAUGAAACAUGUAUUCUCUCAACUACCUGAAGCUUUAAGCUUGCUUGCCCUUGCAAGGACUGCAGAUGGUACCCGAGCUAGGUAUUCUAGACUUUAUAGAACUUUAGCUAUGAAGGUUCCCUCAUUGAGGGACCUUGUUGGUGAGCUUGAGAAGGGUGGAGUGCUGAAAGAUGUGAAGUCAUGAAUUUAAAGAAUGUUGAGAACUCAGAGCAUGCCUUGUAUGAUAUGAUGAUUGGUUGUGCUUGCCGCGGUGUUCAUAUUAUUAUUAUUAUUAAUUCCUGUUACGAUUUUUUGCUGGGAGAGUGCAUGGUUGAAUUGAUUUUGGUGGAAACAAGUUGCAGCUUAAUUAUGAUUAGUUUGCCAAAGAAAGCCAUUGUGUUCAAGACUUGUAUUACAGUUAUGACGUAUCAUAUCAGAUAAUCCUCUGAAAUUAUUGCAGAUAUUAAUGAGCAAUUUAGUGUAACUAGUUAUUUUUUGGAGUGUGAUUAGCCUUCUCUAUCGUAACAUGGAUAAUGAAACAUGUUGUGGUAUGGUUUUCUCAUGUA